GGCUCAAAGCUGCCACCCGUGCCGCCGCCACGGGGUGUACCAUGGACUCGGAGGAGGACAAUGAGCCCAUUGAGUUUGUGAAGUCUCAGGAGGCACCGCUGCAGAGUUUGCUGCAGCCCAAGUUGCGACUGGAUGCGCAGCCUCGCUUGAAGCCUUCACAGCUCCAGGCCAACUAUGGCCGUGGUUAUUCCAUGCUGGUCAACAUGGGCUACACCGGCGGCGGCCCGACACCACUGUGCGGUGUUUUGCGCGUUGCUCGCGCGGGCCUCCAAGAGGAUGAGGCCAUGGUCGUGGACGCCAGUGCCAAGCGAGGCCUGAAGAGACGGCUCGAGAGGCUGCUAAAAGCUGAAGAAGACCUGGAAGACGAGGAGAUUGAGGAGGAGAACGAUGAGGAAGGCCUGGACAAUCUCUGUGCUUUGGGACAGGCAGUGGUGAGAGAGCUCUUUGCAUGCCGUGAUCGAAAACUUAGCGUUCCUGCACUGGCCAAGAAGCCCAAAGUGGUAAAGAUUCUGGAGCUUUGGGAGGUGGGGAACUCUGAGCGUUACCUCAAGCAGUUCGUCAAAGACGAGCUCCCCAUGUGCUUCCUGGCCCAAUCCACAGGAGCAGCCCUGAAGAAGAUCAACAACAAGACUGCGCGCUUUGCCCGUGCAUGCGAAGAGGCAUGGAUGGUGCAUUUGAAAGAGCCAAAGGCCAAAAGUGUCGGCAGCUGCACCACGGCUUCCCCGGGGUCUCCCAGCGGUGACAGCCUGUACCCUGAUGAUUGGGGCGUGCAGAUUGGCGAAGGUUGGUUGUCUCCAGCGCCUCUCUUCGGACCAUCGCCAGAUGUUUGACGACUGGUUUUCGCGGGCCCUGUCCCAGCGCGCUGCGUGCGCCAGGGCAGAUGGCCGCAAGAGGUAACGAACAUCCUAAAGGCGAACCAUGUCAGGCUUGGCUUGAAUCUAAGAAUCAUUAAGAAUCCCAUAGAAGCCAUCUCAGAUCUCAUGUAUAUAGUUAAUCCUCCUGCCAGAGCUCGCAGACUUUUAGAGCCAAAACGCGAGUGCAGAAGCGCUUUGUUUGGCUCAUCCUUUGCGAGAGCCCUCCUGUUGCAGAAUCUUUGCUUCAAUCCUUUCGCGCACUGCAGAGUGAGUGCAAUCACGCGCAGGUGCAAGUGGACAGCUGCCGACUUUGCAAAAA